AUGUCCGAAUCAGCAGGCGCCAACGCACCGAAGCCGAGCAGCAGCGUCAAGCUCGUACUGCUGGGCGAAGCUGCGGUGGGCAAGUCGUCGCUUGUACUUCGAUUCGUCAACAACGAUUUCCAGGAAAACAAGGAGCCCACCAUCGGCGCUGCCUUCCUGACCCAGAAAUGUACCCUUCCCACGCGCACGAUUAAGUUUGAGAUUUGGGAUACGGCAGGCCAGGAGAGAUUCGCCUCGCUGGCCCCGAUGUACUACCGCAAUGCGCAAGCCGCACUCGUCGUCUACGAUGUCACCAAGCCCUCGUCGCUGACCAAAGCGAAACACUGGGUGGCUGAGCUGCAGCGCCAAGCAAGCCCUGGUAUUGUCAUCGCUCUUGUUGGUAACAAGCUGGACUUGACUAACGACGGUGGUGAUGCCUCGGCUGCCCCCGAACCCGAGAACGAGUCUGCUGGCGCUGACGGAGAUGAGGCUGCCGAGGAGGGAGAGGGGCAUGAUGCCAGUUCAGGUAACGCGCGAAAGGUUUCCACCCGUGAAGCCAACACCUACGCGGAAGAGGAAAGCUUGUUGUUCUUCGAGACUAGUGCUAAGACUGGCACCAACGUGGUGGAUGUGUUCACGGCUAUUGCGAACGCGAUUCCAGAGAGCAGCCUCAAGACCGGCCGAGGUGCUGCUGGAUCCGGACAGACUGCUCUGGGAGCACGAUCCGGAGACGACUCCCGGGUAAACCUGGGCGAGCGAAAUGCUGCGACGGCCAAGGAGGGCUGCGCUUGUUGA